AUCAGUUGGUUCCACCAAUUCCUCUUUCCGUUAGGAAAGAUCUUGAAGUUCUAGCCAAAAAGGAGCUCAUACUAUAUGCAAGCAUUUCAGAAAAAAUCACCUAAAAAGCCAGUUUUCGAGUCUCUCAAAACUUUGGAUUGAUUUAUUUCUUAUAAGCCAAGCUUAAAGCAAAGUUUUCAAAGCCAGCAAAAUCCUUUAUCAGUCGGAAUUCAAUGCACAUCAAAUUCAGGCUCCCCAAGAAACAUCACCUUAGAUCCCAAACCUAAGCCUUCUCACAAGAGAGCCCAAAGCUACAACUUUCCUACCCCACAGCCCAAAUACAGAACCCUUUAUAAUAAGCUGAGAUCUCGCCCUUCUUCUCCAGUAAAAAUAGCAAGAUCUUCCUGCAUUUCUCCUGAUUACAUACCACGUUCACACAAAUUUUCCCAGCCCUCUUUUUCUAUUUUAGGUGAAAAAGCAGACAGAACAUCAAAGCUGAAAGCUCCUUCAAUAACUCAAAAAAGCUACCAAUCAGCAAGACCUUUUUCUCAUUAUUCCACUCGUGUACAGCAGAAUCCAAAGCUAGAGAGGACUUUACUAGGAAAAUAUGUGUAUAUUGAUAGCAACCCAUAUGAUGAUUUUAAUUCUUCGAGACAUAAACUCUUACUCACCCCCCUCCAUGAGUGAACAAAAAAAUUUUGUUCACUCACGGACGGGGGUUAAUUUUUUUUUUUAAAAAAAUUUAUAUAUAAAUUUUUUAUAAAAUUUUUUUUUUUCGAAAUUUAAAAAAAUCUCACUUCUAUAAAAAUUGGAAAGCAAAUAUUAAUUUAAUUUGUAAAAUUUAUGUUUUAAAACGCAAUUUGUUUAAAAUUAAACAGAAUUAGCUCGAGAUUUCAUUAUAAUAAUUAUCACUUAUAUAUCAAAUUUUUUCCAUAAAAAAAGUUUUGUUCACUCACGGAGGGGUUUUUGGGCAAAACAUAGCGAUUUUUCUAAUGGUUUUGUUCACUCACGGAGGGGGGAGUUAAGUUUUUCAUCAAAUAAGAAGGAGAAGGCUCAUAGCAAAAAUAAAAAACAGAGAAAAGAAGAAAAAGAUUAUUUCAAAAUAAUUAAUGUCCAGAAUUCUUCUAUGCUUGCGGGCUCGAAAAGUUCGUCUAAAGAGUCUUUAUCACAAACUUCUUUCGAAAUAAACCUCCCGCGAUAUACUUAG